GUUUCGGAGCGGCAAGAGCCUGAAACACACUGCGUCGCUGACUCCACCUCUAUUUGGAUCUUCAGGCGCUUCUUCGAUUCUCCUGCGCCUUCCAGUGAGACUCGCCGAGGAGCAACAUGUUACCGUCUCAGGUUGUCAACACAUACCCUCUUUCCAGCUACACCUUCGGUACCAAGGAGCCCAAGAUGGAGAAGGACACGUCCGUCGCUGAUCGUCUUGCUCGUAUGAAAGUCAAUUACAUGAAAGAAGGAAUGAGGACCAGCGUGGAGGGCAUCUUACUGGUACAAGAACACAAUCAUCCUCACAUACUUCUUUUACAAAUUGGUAAUACCUUCUGUAAACUUCCAGGGGGGCGCCUCAAGCCAGGGGAGAAUGAGACUGAGGGCCUGAGGAGAAAGUUGACCAGCAAGCUUGGUGCUAAUUCACCAGCCCUUGUGCCAGACUGGCAGAUAGGUGAGUGUGUGGCAAUCUGGUGGAGGCCAAACUUUGAAACCAUUAUGUAUCCAUACUGCCCUCCUCACAUAACAAAACCGAAGGAGUGCAAAAAGCUUUUCCUCGUCCACUUAUCUGAGAGGGAGUAUUUUGCAGUGCCCAAAAACCUUAAGCUUCUUGCUGUCCCAUUGUUUGAACUGUAUGACAAUGUUCAGAGAUAUGGCCCUGUUAUAUCCACCAUUCCUCAGCAGCUCUCCAGAUUCCAGUUCAAAAUGAUCACUAAUUGAAUUUAAAUCAGGAUCUUCUGUCCUGGCAGCAUGUUACUGCGGUUCUUCGGUAUUCCAAGAACAAGCAGGGUUUAUCCUUUGUUAUCAUAGCAUAGGCAGCCUAGGGUGCCGGAUUUGAAAUUUAAGUUUCUGGAGAGAAGUAGGGAGAGAGAGACUGACCAGAGUUUACUUUUAUGACAUGGUUUCUAUGUUAACUUGUUGGACUAUCAAUUGAUGUAUUGACUGAUUCUUGUAUUUGUACAAGUUACAAUCUUGUGUUUGUCUUGAGUCCUGGAAGGGUACUCUUUGUACUGCUAACAAGUAGUUAAGCUUGCUCUUGGAAAGAGUGGGGUGACCAGGGUCUGAUUGCUGUUGCAUCGUGAUUACCGUGACACCAGGUGUAGCAGAUGUGAUCCAAGUUGUCCUGAUUUUGUUUGUCUUGUAUGACAUUUUCUACUAGCUUCAAUUGAGUCUGUAGUUAGAGGAUAGGGUGAUAGGUGUUAAUUUGAUUCCCGUACAAGAUUUAAAGUCACAGCUUCAUUAUGUGGGAUUCGGAUGAAAAAUGUUUUUGUAUGCUUUUGUAUGGUAAAGCCUGGAGUUGACAUAUCUUAGAAAUUGGAGUUUGAGGUUUGUAAUGUUUAACGAACUGGGUUUUGUCGGAAAUAUUAAUAGGCGGGCAUCAAUUUUUGUAAAUUGAAUCUUUUACAUUCAUGUACCAGCAUUCUAUGCACAAAUAUUUUUGUGAUUUCUGAUUU